AUGAAGCAGUUGGCCGACGCCCUGCCUGAUAGCAAUGCGAUCCACGGUUUAAACGUCCUCUUGACUAAGCUCAAGGUUACGCGUGGCGUGAAGGAUUACGGGAUUAAGGAGGGAGAUCUCAUUAAUGCGGUUGAUAUUGCGCUAUCUAAUACUUAUUGGAAUCCUCGCCGAUUGAACGCGCGCCGAUCCGCGAAUUGCUUCGCAGGGUUUGGACGGAAGAGCCAGCACGGGCGGACUUCUCUGUGA